GUUAGGCUCCACGACGCGGCGACGGGCGACCUGCGGCUCGCGCUCGAGGAUCGAUCCAAUAGCGUGCUCUGCUGCGCCUUCUCCAAGGACGGCGGCGCCGUCGCGACGGGCGGCGCCGACGGCGGCGCGCGCGUCUGGGACGCGGCGACGGGCGCCCUGCGGACGACGCUCCUCGGCCACGCGGGCGCGGUCCGCGGCGUCGCGUUCGACGGCGACGCGCGCCGCGUGGCGACGGGCGGCCAGGACGGGAGCGUGCGCAUCUGGGACGCCUGGACGGGCACGGCGAGGAAGAUUUUACUCAAGGGCCACACGAACUACGUGCUGAGCGUCGCCUUCGACGGCUCCGGGCGGCGCCUCGCGACCGCGUCGGCCGACGCGACGUGCCGCCUCUGGGACCCCCUCGCCGUGCUCCGGGGCCACGCCAAGGAGGUCACGGGUUGCGACUUCUCAAGAGACGGGUCCCUCGUCGUGACCGUGAGCCGGGACAACGGCGUCCGCGUCUGGGACGCGGCGACGGGAAAGCUCGCGCGCAAGCUCUCGGGCCACCGCCGCGCGGGCACCUGCGUCGCCUUCGCCCGCGACGGCCGCGCCAUCCUCACGGGCUCCGAGGACCGCACGGCCGUGCUCUGGGACGCCGGCGGCGGCGCCGCGAUCCGCGCGCACGGCGGCCACGACGGCGCUGUGACCGCGGUCGCGUUCACGCCGGACAACAAGUGGCUCGCGACGGCGUCGGCGGACAGGUCCGCGCGCAUCCACGACGCCUCGGACGGCAGAUUCAAGCUCGCCCUCCACGGCCACGCCCGGGACGUCUCCGGCGUCGCGUUCUCGUCCGACGGCGAGCUCGUCGCGACGGCGAGCUUCGACGGCACCUGCGGCGUCUGGGACGGCGCCCACGGCACGCUCUACGCGCUCCUGCGGGGCCACGCGCGAGAGCUCACCUGCGUCGCCUUCAGCCGCGACCCGGAGCGCCGCGCGCUCGCCAAGUCCGCGCACCGCGACGCGCGC